UUUUAUUUCCUUUCACAAGCUGUAACCCCUCCAGACUCUGUUAUAUAUACACCCUUCUCUCCUUCCCUUCAUACUCCUAGAAAUUCACGUCCAAGAGAGCAGCAUUUUCACGCUAUUGAUGGAGUAGGCUCUUCGACGGUCAGAUCAACGGCUGUGAUGACGAUGGGCAACAUGGGCCAGUUCGGUGACACCACACUUACCAAAGUCUUUGUGGGUGGGCUAGCCUGGGAGACGCAGGAGGAGGCAAUGAGAGAGUACUUUGAGAAGUUCGGCGAGAUCUUGGAGGCUGUAAUUAUCUCUGACAAGAUCACCGGCAGAUCCAAGGGCUAUGGAUUUGUGACGUUUAAGGAGCCAGAAGCGGCGAAGAAGGCGUGCGAGGACGCGACGCCAAUGAUAAACGGACGCCGAGCCAACUGCAAUCUGGCUUCGCUUGGGGCGCGCCGUCCUAGGUCGGCGUCUACAACGCCUCCAUCAGGGUCGAUCGUUGGAUCAAGGCCCGCAACUUCAUCGGCUCCUCCAAGUUCUGUACCAAGUUCUGUACAAUGGUACUACCCAACGGGGACCCCGCCUUCUCCUUACCACCAUCACCAUCAUGGCGUCCCCUAUCAUGCAUAUGGGUACUCUCCUGCCUAUGUCACUGAUAUCAGCUACAAUCCGAUGCAGAAGCUAAGCUAUGCCGGAUCCUAUGUCAAUGGGCAGUACUCUCAGAUGUAUCCUAGUCAGGGAAUGGUGUCUCCUAAUGCAGUGAUGCCAGUUUAUCAUCCAUUUUAUCCUUUCCAUCAAUCUCAGACAAUGGGAGUUCCGGCGGCCCACGUCUUCCAUCCGACAACGGCGGGGCCCAUAACCACUGUCCCUGCCCUCAUCACCAAGCCUGCUGCAAUGGGUCCUAAUACAGUUUGUUUGGCUGUGGAAUAGGUCUGAGGGUGCAGCUGAAGGUUUUUGAGAGAGAAGCUUGAGAGGGUCUUGUUCUGUUCAAGGAUUCUGUUUCUUCUUUUCAUUCUUCUUUCUUCUUUCUUGUUCCCAUCUUUCUGCAGACUGAUUAGAUUCAUUCAUUAUGUCUAACCUGCAUUUCUGUUGGAGAUGUAAAUCGGUAACAAAAGAUGCCAUGUUUUUUACACAUGUUUUUUAUGGUAAACUUGUGGCUUCAUUCAAACUGGCGCA